GAAACAGUCUCUUUGCAGUCCCAUUCGUCCCAAGCCUCGAUACCAGACGAAGAGAUUAGUUUAUGGGUUGACGAGAUGGAGGAACAAAACAGCAAACGGCAGAAAUUAAACGAAGCUGUCCACAGCAUCUCAGGUGGCCGCUACAGCCCCGUAAUGUCCAGCCUGAACACGACCUGGGACGACGUCUCCGACACCCAGCAGCGAUAUUACAUCCGCAAAGCUAAGGAGACUAUAGUGACUUCAUUGUCUGUCAUCACUCCCGGUCAAGAGGAACUGGUUUUGAAGGCGUUACAAACGGAGGUACUUUUGGAUCCAAACAGAGACAACCAAGGAAAGCGCAAGCGUUUUGAUCCCAACUCUGGUCUUGUCGACAUUUUAGUCAAUGCCUAUGAGCAAGCAGGUCAUUGGCAAACAAAGCGACAGAUCCUUUCCCUCUUUGCAGACGACUUUUCAAGAGCUGAGCUUCAAGAGAUGAUCCCUGGGCUUUCCAAAUGGCGCAUCGACCAAGCUCGCCAACAUGCAACAGAAGCAGGGAAAGGCCAGCCUCUCCCUGAAAUUCCUAGUUUCCGUACAAGAAUUGAGCAUGAAAAGGUGGAUCAUUUCAUUGAAUAUAUCUCCAGACCAGAAUUUGUCCAAGACGUGGCGUUCGGGACAAAGACUCUCAAGCUUGACUCGGGGGAGAAAAUUGUCAUACCAGCAGUCAUUAGGACCGUCAUUCCUUCACGCAUCAUCAGACAAUAUUUAGACUAUUGUAAAGAACAAGAGUUCGAGCCGGCGAGCCAGCGUUCUCUCUACCGAAUGAUUGAAGUGUGUUCGGCCUCUAUGCAGAAAUCCCUUCAGGGACUUGACAACACCACUGCAGAGGGUACAGAGGCUUUUGAUCAACUCUUUUCUAUGUUGGAGGCCUUAGCAGAUCAGGGCAUCAACGUUACUGCCACUCAGAAAUUUCUAAAGGAUGCAAAAAGGUACUUAAAGAAUGAUUUCAAGACACACAUCGGACGAGGAGAACAUUGCAGUGAUCACUGCACGGUCCACGCACUAAGUGACAGUAGUGCAUGGGAGUUCAGGGGCGAAUGUGAUCAUGAACAUUGCUACGAAUGUGAGCGCUGUGAGAGUCUAGAAGGAGUACUGAAACAGGUGGCAGAGAUGCAAGACAAAGCGGACAUGACGGAAGAGGAGAGGGUUAGGUGGAGGUUUGAGUACACUGAGAGUGUGCGCAACAUACAAGCGUGGAAGAAUCACUUGCUACGGUCAAGUAACCAGGACGAAGCCAAGCAGGAUAUUCUCGAGAAGCUAGACGACAACUCGUGUCUUGUCGUAAUGGACUGGGCAAUGAAGUUUCUGCCUGUGCAAUACAGAGAACACAUGAGUGAUUUUUUUGGCAAGAGAGGAAGAAGCUGGCAUAUCAGUGCAGUAAUCACUAGAGCAACAGUGGAGAGCAAGCAUGAAGUCGAGUGUUUUGUACACAUUUUCAACAACUGCACCCAAAAUAGCUUUGCAGUUCUUUCAAUAAUAGAGGACUUGCUGCAAAAAGUCAAACUGGAGUAUCCAGGGGUGACAACAGCCUACCUCCGAUCGGAUAACGCUGGA